AUGGUCGAGGAGACGAUCGCCCUCGAGGAGAAGCUCCUCUUUGAGCAGGGAGAUCGAGACGUUUCUUUCGGCUACAAGGCCGUCGGCGUGCAGUUCAUCGACGACAAUGGCACGCACGACAUCAUCUCCAAGGACGAUACGCUCGCCUGGCCGGCCGUUGCGCGCCGCACGUACGCCUCCACCGUCAACGCGCGGAUGGAGCCCAUCAUGGCCACCAUCACGCCGUUCGUGAAGUCGUCGCUCGUGAUCAACCACCACCCCGACGAUAAGCUUGGGCUCCCUGUGGGCACCCUCGCGUCUCUCCACAAGGUCGAGGGGUCCAGCGGAUGCGCGGCGCGGUUCAUCAGAGCGCCGCCGUGUCCUGGGCCGAACUUUGAGUCCGUGUCGUUCCUCCACAAUCGCCUCGGCGACUUGCAGGUGCUCCCGCCCGGGUUUGACCAGUGGUUCUACAUCAAAUCGUCCGUCGCUCAGCCUCUGCCCGGACACGCGAUCUGCAACAUCGGCGACGCCCUCAACAUCUUCCCCGGCGGUAUCUUGCGCUCCAACAUCCAUCGCCUCGUGCCCAGUACGAACGGCACUCUGUCGUCUUCUUCACCCCCGAACGACGUCGUCGAGCUGCGGGUUCUGUCCGGGCAGAGCGAGCGCAUCGCUGCGGCGGUCGCCUACGCGCCCCCGGGGAAGUACGCCCCUGGCGUGACGGCGAUGGAAUGGCUGGCGAGGAGGGUCAAAUCGCAGCGGGUGACAAACUGCAAGGGUCCAGAGAGCUGGACGGAUAGGCGGGGUACUGAGGACACGGCGAUUCCGAGCCAGGGGAAGAUCUGA